AUGGAAAAACUAUUACACUGGUCUAUUGCUAAUUCCCAAGGUGAUAAAGAAGCUAUUGCCAAGGCUGGUCAACCGGAUCCAAAAUUGCUACAACAGUUAUUUGGAGGCGGUAUGGCAGAUGAUCCUACUUUAAUGAAAGAGUCUAUGACUAUCGUCCUGAGUCCAGAAGUUGAACUUGAUAAUAAAAUGAUUGCAAUGGAUAAUUUUGAAAUGCUCAUUGAAAAUCUCGACAAUGCUAACAAUAUUGAGAAUUUGAAGUUAUGGGAUCCUCUUUUGGAAGUAUUAAGUUUUGAGGAAGCGGAAUUACGUGCUACCGCCUUAUCCAUUAUCGGCACUGCUGUUCAGAAUAAUCCAACCUCUCAAGACAAUUUCUUAAAACAUGAGGGAGGACUAGAAAAAAUUAUCCAUUUGAUAAACGAUUCUACACAGCCUAUUGAAGUUAAAAUAAAAGCUUUAUACGCUCUAUCUAACUUACUACGGAAUCAUGCUGACAUGGCAAAGAAGUUUGAGGAAAUGAAAGGAUUAGAUAUCAUUGCUCCUAUUUUAACUGACAAGUCUUCAAAUACUAAGCUUAAAAUGAGAACCAUCUCUUUAUUAACUGCAUUUUUAUCAUGUCAAGAUAUCACUGAACAAAUAAUAUCUACUUUAAGAGCAGAUGGCGCUGUAUGUGCUGCCAUACAUUGCCUAAACACAGAAUCAGAUUUAAAUAUUCUUGAUAGAGUGUUACACUUUUUAUCCCAAUUAAUUUCAUCAGGCCUCAAAUUUAAUGAAUCAGAAAUCAAAGAUUUAACCAGUGGUUUCAAAAAGAUCGAACCAUUAGAGGAUAGACUUAACGAGGAUGAUUUCCUAGCUGUCAAGUAUGUAUUAUAG